GAGUAACCAAAAAGAAAAACUACCAUAAUUCUCAACACAUCUCUCUCAAACAAAGGAGAAAUGAGAAAAGUUUAAGAGCAAAAAGUUUGGGGGGUUUUUGUUUUUCUUUUUUAUUCUUCAAACAUCUUUAAAAAAAAAAAAAAAAAAAACCCUAAUUUUUGUUGAUCAUAUUGUUUGAUUUUCAAUGUCAAAUGAUGAAGGGAAAAAUGUGUACCAGCAGUAUGAUCCAUUUCAAUACAACCAAUUGGAUAUGAACCGUUCGAUCUUCCAUCAACAAGCUGCAGCGGCGGCGUUGGAUCCUGGCUUGAUGAGUUUCACUAAUUUCUUCGAUACCAGCUCUUUGGAUUAUAAUAGCCUGUCGAAGGCGUUCGAUGUGUCGUGCUGUUCAUCUCAAGUCAUUUCUGCAGUGGACGACAUGUCGAAAAAGAAGGCUUCAACGACAACCCCAAAUUCUUCAGUGUCGUCUUCAUCUAAUGAAGCUGUAGUUGAAGAGGAUUCAGUGAAGAGCAACAAAUUAGAAGACAUAAAAGGGCGGUGCGAGAAUAAAGAUGAAGAAAAGUCUAAGAAACAGAACAGCAAUUUAUCAAAAAAGAAAGAGAAACGGCCGAGGGAGCCCCGUUUUGCUUUCUUGACUAAGAGUGAGAUUGAUCAUCUUGAAGAUGGAUAUAGAUGGAGAAAAUAUGGUCAGAAAGCAGUUAAAAAUAGUCCUUACCCCAGUGCAGUACCCUUUCUUGCAUCCAAAGCUUUAGAGGAGCAUGAAUCUUUUUGUCUUACUAUUCCUUAUCCCAAGUUCUUUCCGAUACUUGUUUCAUGUAAGAAGCUACUAUAGAUGCACCAGCCAAAAAUGUGUAGUGAAAAAACGAGUUGAAAGAUCAUAUCAAGAUCCAUCUGUGGUGAUUACUACAUAUGAAGGCCAACACAACCACCAUUGCCCAGCUACACUCCGAGGCCAUUCUGCAGGGAUCAUGUCGUCUCCAUUCUACGCAUCGGCAUCAACAUCAGUAACAGCAGCCUCAUCCGGGCCUACGCUUCCCCAAGAACUCUUCUCACAUUUGUUACCAACCAAUAACUGCCAAAACGACCCGGCCUCAAUGAUGUACCAAAAUCUAAGCCUUCAACAACACCUUCAAAUGCCUGAUCAUUACGGUUUGUUGCAAGAUUUAUUCACUCAAAAAUAGGAGAUCUUUAUACAAGUCCUAUACUUUGUAUGAGAAUUCUAUAUUGUGUAUAAAUUCGUUUUCUUCCAGCUUUCCUGCCUCUUGUAUUAGGAUAAACCCUUGGAGAGUUGAGAUUUUCUUAGAGUCUAUAUAUUUUACUAUAUACGUUAUGUAUCUAACAUAUAAUGGAGGGGUCAGAACCUGUGUACUAAGUUUACUAUAUGCCAUAUUAUUUUUGCAUU